UUUGGUGUUGGUUUAGAGGUUAAGUUCAAAAUUAUAAAUUUAAAUUAAUUAAUAAUUGUCGUGUAAUUUUUUAAAAUUUAAAUAUUUAAAUAAUGAGUAACAAAAAACAAAAAAAUGUGUCUGCUAAAAAGUCAAUGCGCAAUGUUUUGGCGCAACCAUAUGAAUUUAUUUGGCCGAUUUUAAAAGACACUGAUGAUAUUAAUGAAUUAAAUGACACUUUGAAAGAAUUGUUACCCAAGAAAAAGAGUGACAGGAAAUUGAGCUGGACGCAGUUACGUAAAUUGAGUAAAGAAGAACGCAAGGAUUUAAAAAAUAAAACUGGAGAUGAGCCGGAUGUCAAUGCUGAUAAAAUAAUUGUAGGAGUAAACGCAGUGACACGUGCGGUUGAAAAAAAAAAUAUUUGCUGCAUUCUGUUAGAGGCAGAUGUCGAUCCCAUGAUGAUGAUCAAACAUAUCGUGGUGAUGGGACAGAAUAAUGACAUUCCAGUUGUUCUGCUACCUGGAUUAAAAAAAACAACUCUGGGAAAAAUAGGGUUUGCUAGUCUUGUACUAGGACUCAAAAAAUCGGAAACUGAAGAAAAUUCUCAUUUUUAUAAAUUAUAUGAAAAAAUAUCAAAUUUAUCAAAGUCAUUCCCGAAGCCUAAAGAUCCUGAGGAAUUAUUCAAAGAAGAUUUACUUGAUCAUAAUCAGCCGGACUCAAUCAUUCAAGACUUGUCAUCAGUACCAAAGGAUUCAAAUGAUAAAAAAACAUUUAAACCUUUCGUUCUGUCCUCUAGUAUCUACAAAUAUCGCGGCUCUGUCUCAGAAAGAGUUUUCAUUCCCCCAGAAUUUAAAGUUGAAGCUGAGGACUUUAUUUCGCUCGCUGACAUCAGUGACCUGAAAGAGCCCGAGCUUAAGGUGUUAGGAAAUCGCUACAUGGACAUCGAUCAGAAUAAAAUCCAAGAAAAAAAUCAAGAAGAAGAAGAACAAGAACAAGAACCAGAAGAAGAACCGAUGGAUCAAGAAGAAAUAAAAUCAAUAAAUAAAUUAAAUAAAAAACUAGAAUUAUCAAUUUACCAACCGCUCAAAGUAAAACAAAUUCAGAAGAAUCCAAAGCGUUUGAAGGCAACAAAAAUUCCCAAGUCGAAGACGAAAGUUCCCAUUAAAAAGAAAAAUAAAUAGAUAAUUUAUUUAAAUUUAUUUAUUACAUUUUAAUUGGAAGAUUCUAUAAAAUAUUUACAAUUUGGUGUUAUCCGUUAUCACAAGUACGCGAAAUAUCAAUUAAUUAGUUAAUUACUUAAAUGAACAUACGUAUGUACCAGUCUUAUAUACAUUUAUUGAUAAUUGAUAUGGAUGGGAUGUGAGGGAGAUGCA